AGGGCGGGAUGGAGGAGAUGAAGGACCGAUGGUGUUGAGACCCCGGCCGGGGGAAGGAAAGCUCGCUGGGUCCCCGGGCGCCGGAGGAACGACGGGGUGCAUCUUGUCCCUCGCGCUUGCUCAGGAGGCAGUGGUCCCUGCCUGCUGGGAACAGGACUUCUAAGCAGUAGAUAUGUCUGGAAGGCUGUGGUGCAAAGCCAUUUUUGCUGGCUACAAGCGAGGUCUCCGGAACCAAAGAGAGCAUACAGCUCUUCUUAAAAUUGAGGGUGUUUAUGCCCGAGAUGAAACAGAAUUCUACCUAGGCAAGCGAUGUGCUUAUGUGUAUAAAGCAAAAAACAAUACAGUGACUCCUGGAGGCAAGCCAAACAAAACCAGAGUGAUCUGGGGAAAAGUAACUCGGGCCCAUGGGAACAGUGGUAUGGUUCGUGCCAAAUUCCGAAGCAACCUUCCUGCGAAGGCCAUUGGACACAGAAUCCGUGUGAUGCUGUACCCUUCCCGGAUUUAAACUAAUGAAAAAUAAAUAAAAGAGGAUUUGUGCU